GUGUGACUUCUGUAAAGAAGACAGGCUUGAGACGGAGCGAAAUCUAAAGAAUUGUCGAAUCGUUGGGCCAGUUUUCUUGGCGAUCGGCGUUGCAUUGUUGAUUGCUACCAUAGUGUAUUCUCGCAUCCAGAGAAAGAACAAUGCCGGACAAGUUAUAAGCGGACCGAAUACUGGUCAGAUAGGUUCAACAACUCAAGGAGGAUCGGGCAAUGUGACGACCACCACUCAAUAUCCUAGCCCCUAUGGCUUUCAACAGCCGGCGUACGGGCAAACACCCAUGUAUCCACCGGGAUCAUAUCCGCCACCGGUACCGCCCGCUGGAUAUUCGACUUAUCCGACAGGACCAGCUUAUCCUUCAUCGACUCAGUACCCUUUUAAUUCUCCCUAUAAUGUUCAAGCACCAUACCCAACAGAGAUGCCUCCACCCCCAUCAUAUGAAAGUACCGUUGGCCAAAGUGACACUGCUCCAAGUGCCCCUCCUGCAGAGAAAGUGGAAGCAUAG